AAUGUAUUGAGUGAUCCCGCCAUGUUUUCUCUCUGUGGAUAGUAUACAUUUAUCUUGUUUAUACAACUUUUAAUGAACAAUUCAAGUUUAACAUUUUUUCUACAUUGAAGAAUAUCAAGUAGCAUUUUAAAAAUCCUGUAUUUUCAUUAUCAUUGUCAUUCGUGCAUCGCUAUUGAUUAUGUAUAGAUUUUUUGAGGUUAUUUCGUGUAAGAGAUUGAACUGAUCAUCAGGAAAUCAUUACACGAGACUCAAGAAAUAUAUCAUCGAAAUGAAGAGAUCACAUUCUAAACGAGAUGGAGAUGAUUAUGAACACAAAGAUCAUUCCAAAGAUUAUGAGCAUGAUUAUGAACCACAUAGAGAUCGAGAACGAGGAAGAGAUCGUGAUCGUAAUCAUCAUCGGGAAAGAAGGGAUCGGGAUCGUGAUCAUAAUCGCCAUCGGGACCAGAAUCGGGAUCGAGAACGCAAUCGGAAUGGAGAUCGAGAACGCAAUCGCGAUCGGAAUCAUUACUACAAUGAUAGGAGUAAUUCCUACAAAAGAAAUCUUGAUUCCGAGAGAUCGGAUAUGGAAAUGCGAUCAUAUGAACUACGCGAUGAAAAAAGGUCAAGAGACUACGAUAAAGAAAAUAGAAGAAGAUCAGAGAAAAAUGUAGAAGAAACAGAAAAGAAGCAAGAGGUGAAUGUUCCCGAUGAGACGACGGAGAGACAAAAUCGAACUGUCGAAUUAUUGACGUCUAGGACAGGUGGUGCUUAUAUACCACCUGCAAAAUUACGCAUGAUGCAGGCAGAGAUUACUGACAAAUCAGGAGCCGCGUAUCAGCGUAUCGCAUGGGAAGCGCUUAAAAAGUCAAUACACGGUUAUAUUAAUAAAGUUAACAUUAGUAAUAUCGGUCUCAUAACUAGAGAACUUCUGAAAGAAAAUAUUGUUAGAGGUAGGGGUUUACUUGCUAGGUCCAUUAUUCAAGCUCAAGCUGCAUCGCCAACGUUCACAGCCGUUUACGCGGCCUUAACUGCUAUCAUUAAUUCGAAAUUUCCUAAUAUCGGAGAAUUGAUAUUGAAACGACUCGUUAUACAGUUUAAACGUGGUUUUCGAAGGAACGACAAACCUCUUUGUAUAUCUGCAGGAACUUUUAUAGCGCAUUUAGUGAAUCAAAGAGUUGCGCACGAGAUUCUAGCCUUAGAAAUUUUGACACUGUUAGUAGAAACACCGACAGACGAUUCUGUGGAAGUAGCAAUCGCCUUCUUGAAGGAAUGCGGUAUGAAACUAACGGAAGUCUCUAGGAAGGGUAUUGAAGCUAUAUUUGAAAUGUUGAGAAACAUAUUGCACGAAGGGCAAUUAGAUAAAAGAGUACAGUACAUGAUAGAAGUUAUGUUUCAAGUUCGAAAAGACGGAUUUAAAGAUCAUGAAGCUGUCCCGGAAGAUCUUGAUCUCGUGGAGGAAGAAAAUCAAUUUACCCAUAUAGUUACACUGGACGAAGCUACUGAUGCUCAAGACAUUUUAAACGUUUUCAAAUUCGAUGCGGAAUACGUUAAUAACGAAGAUAAAUAUAAACAGUUAAGUAAAGAAAUAUUGGGCUCUGAUGCUAGCGGUUCAGAAAGCGAAGGGGAAGAUGACGAGGAGGAAAGUUCCGAUGAAGAUAGUAGCACCGCUGUGACAGAGGGAAAGGAAGAUGUAAUCGUGGACAACACUGAAACUAAUUUAACGGCUCUUAGAAGGACCAUAUAUUUAACGAUACACUCGUCGCUUGACUUCGAAGAGUGUGCCCACAAAUUAAUGAAAAUGCAAUUGAAACCCGGCCAGGAGAUCGAACUUUGCCAUAUGUUCUUGGACUGUUGCGCGGAAAUGCGAACGUACGAAAAGUUCUUUGGACUGUUGGCCGGUCGGUUUUGCGCUAUUAAUAAGAUGUAUGUUACCCCGUUCGAGCAAAUAUUUCAAGACUCGUAUCAUACAAUACAUCGAUUAGAUACAAAUAAGUUACGCAACGUAUCAAAGUUUUUCGCUCAUCUGCUAUUUACGGAUUCCAUAUCUUGGGAAGUGUUAUCUUGCAUUAAAUUAACCGAGGAGGAUACCACGAGUUCUAACAGAAUAUUUAUCAAAAUCUUAUUUCAAGAACUGUCGGAGUACAUGGGAUUAUCCAAGCUUAAUCAACGCGUGAAAGACGUCACGUUGCAACACGCGUUUGAAGGAUUGUUUCCGCGAGACGAUCCGAAAAACACUCGAUUCGCUAUCAAUUUCUUUACGUCUAUCGGAUUAGGCGGGCUCACGGAUGACUUAAGAGAACACUUGAAGACUCAUCCGAAGCCUACCAUAAUAUCUGCGUUACAACAAAAACCUGAAAAUGCUACGGAGUCAUCGAUAGACUCUUCUCUUUCUACUUCAAGCUCGCCGACGUCGUCGUCCUCUUCCUCAUCAAGCAGUUCGAGUUCAGACGAAUCCUCGGAUGAGGAGUUGAAAAAACAAAAGAAAAAAUCGAAGAAAGAACGAAGAAAGAAGCAAAUGGCGAAGGAAAGCAAAAAGAAGCAUAAGAAGAAAGAGAAAGUAAGAAAGGCGAAGAAAUCUAAAUAGAAUUUAGGCUGUUAAAAUACUUAGUAAAUAUUAUUGCCUCUUUUCAAUGUAAUUAUUUCUUGAGAGCGUGUACUCGUCUAGAAUUGAACAUAAACAUUGACUAAGAGAAGCAUUUAUAUUAAUUCUUGGUGACGCAGGCGUAUACAUAAUACCUCUUAAAAUAAUUUCUUAAUUUAAAUAAAUAUAUUUUCACUAA